AUGACAGCUCAGCAACAUGCACGUCAGCGCCCACCACCGCGCCCUAACCGUCCGCCAGCUCCCUCACCCCGUGAAGCAGCUGGCACUACGCCUUCCCGACGUACGAGCCCGCAGCCUCGUUCCAGGCCCUCGGACAGCCAGUUCGAAGAGAGCCUUGAAACUUUCGACCACGCAGACUCGCCUGACGUCAACCACCGUGCCUCAGCGCUUGCGACAGUUCCCCCGCCUGUCUCUGUGAAAAGCUGUGUCCAGAUGUGGAUCCCUGCGUCCCGUCUAACCCGAGAAUACGGUCAGUCCGAGAUCAUGUCCUCGCUGGCCGAUCCGAGUCAACCGGAAAUCUGGCGCACGCAUUUGGAACACCUCCGGGAUUUCCAGUGCUACGCCGGUCACGGAAUCUCCUUCGUCUGUGUCAACGAGGAAGCGCAGCAAGCCCUAGGCAACCAACAGCUGAGCGUAUGUGGCUCCUUGGUUAUGAUCCGCAAGUACUCCAAGUAUGACAAGCUCUACUAUGUGGAUUUGCGCCGGCUGCCUAAAGACACAUCCGACAGGACUAUCUACGACUAUUUCGUCAAACUCGGCUGCCGCCCUGUUCUGAUUGCACCCACGCAAAUCCACGGGCAGAUCAAAUCUCGUGAUCGCACGGUGUACUUCAAGUCCACAGCCUGUCCGGCGGGACUCAAGCUGUCGGACAAGGAGGCUAUCCGAGAGAUCCACUUCAACCCGGCCGACCCCGAGGAGAAACCCUGUUUCGUGCAGCACCGUACCGCACGCUACAACAGGGUCAAACCCCCUUCGUUACGCCCACAGGAGCGCAAGACUUCAGACGCCUCUGAUGCGAGCAUGAGCAGUGCGGAGGUCGCCAGAUCGGGAGCUGCUGCAACUGCCCCUUCUACGUCCAAUCGGCUGGAUCCCCGCCCAGGCUCUCCAGCUGAAACUCAAUCGCCCGAUUCUUCGCCGUCGACCACUGGCGCGCCGCCUCUGGAAGAACCGCUGGAUUCUUCGCCGUCGGAAUUGGAUGCCACCCCUCUCGUGGCUCCCCCGGCUGUUCCUAAAUCACGGGCACCCAAGGCGCGGGAACCACAGUUUAUCCUGGGAUCUGUCGACCUCAACGAUCCGGACUGGAUGCGUGUCCAACACUCCCAGUAUGGUAUCCUGAAUCAUCCGGGAGAGAAAUACCUUGCGCCCGAGGGUCAAGUACCAUGCGAACUGACCCAAGACGACAAUGACCCCCACUCCCUGCGUUACAAGUUUCCAGUUUGUCCCAACUACUAUGCUGUCCUAACAGACGAAGGUUUUGACGACACGCUCCCUCCUGAUAUGGACAUCUUUCCGCAUGAAGUAGACGGUGACGACGAAGAUUCACCGUGUUCUGGCUAUACAGCCGACUCGGACCUGCUUCCGUAUGCGGAACAGGCUCGAGCCACCAAGGACAUGCGCAAGCUUCCUAACUCAGUGGAACAAGUAACGGCAGCGGAACUUCAACGCGCCAUUGACGAGUUCCUGAAAGGUGAAGUGUUGAAUUACACUUGCCACGAAGACACGCUGGCGGCUAUCCACGUCCAGCCAGCGUACUUCCGCUGGAUCUUCCGCCUACCUGAGAACCAGCAACACCGUCUAUUCAAGCAACACGCAAUGUAUCGCGCAGUGUGUGCUGACCCCAUCCCGGCGAGUGAAUGGUCGGACUAUAUGGAUCGUCUCACUAAGCACUAUGGUGUCGACCUUUCACAGACCGACGCAGCCUUCUCUCGCCUUUUUCCGAAUGCCUUUCAACGGAAAAUGGCUCGGAACGUUGCAAUCUGUGACUUGUUCCUGAUGAUCUUCGCGCCUCGAAUCUACAUAGACCCCGUAAAGGUGUUUGUGUUACCAACAGAUACCUACCCGGCGAAACGGCUUCGACACUCUCCUUUCCUGCUUUGGAGCGACGUAAACCUACUCCGUCUCGCGCGCUGUGACGACAUUGCGGAAUACGGACAAGAUGAGCGUACGCCAGAACUGGUGGUUUCGGCUCUCCGCAAUCUUGCUUACUCGGAUCUCCCGGCGGCUACGGCUACGGCUAGUCCUUCCAGAUGGGUUCACCCUUCUAAACUCUAA